UUUACCUUAUUUUUUGUAUUCCACAAUGUGUUCAGUGAGGACUUGAAAAGAAGCUUAACAUUUGUGAUUGACGAUACUGAUUCCAUGCAUAAUGAAAUAAAUCAAGUUAAAUUGAAAACUACUGAGGUUUUUCAUGCAGUGCUGAAUUCGAACGCAUCAGAAAUUGAGGACUUUGUUUUGGUCACUUUCAACGAUCCAGAUGUUAAACUACGAAUAAAUACAAAAAAGGAAAAAGAAUUCUUAGAAAGUCUAAAUGAUAUUUCUGUUCAUGGGGGCGGAUUUUGCCCUGAGAUGUCAUUGACAGGAAUAAACUUAGGAAUUAAAGAGAGCAGGCCAUACUCAUUGUUUUACGUUUUCACUGAUGCUACCGCGGAAGACACAUAUUUGUAUGAAGAGGUUAAAAGAAACGCCCUAAAUAAAUUCAUACAGGUAACAUUCCUACUGACGAAUGAUUGUGGUCAAAGGGAUAGUCCUAAUUACAAAGUAUACAAGAAACUCGCUAAAGUUACAGGGGGUGAGGUGUUUAAUAUCGAAACGGACGAAGUAAAAACGAUAAUGGAUUAUAUAAUUCAUACAAUUAAAUAUAAGAGUGAGAAAAUUUACAAUCGACACUUUCCAGCUCAUAUCAAUGAAAAAAUAACAAAAGAAAUUCCUUUUUCAGUUGAUACCAAAGUGCAGUCUCUUAUGCUGUCUCUUGUGGGUAAAAAACCUCAUAUUGUUGUGAAAGAUUCCAAAGGUAAUAAAAUAAAAACCGAAACAAUUCUGAAGUCAAAGGAAAGUUACAUAAUUAAAAUAGAUCCAGCAGUGGCCGGUGAUUUUAAAGCUGCAAUAAAAAGCUACGGCGAAUCAAAUCUAGAUAUUAAGGCAUCUACUGACGUAUCAUUUCAAUAUGGAUUUUUAGUAAUACCGCCGACAACUGUUGAAGAUUGCAAGAAGGCUGUUCCAAGGCCCGUAGCAGGUGAAAAAACACAUCUAACUAUAGAGUUAUCUUACAAUGGACAUGAUGUGGAACUACAAUCUGCCGAAAUACUGGACUUGAAAGGAAAUUUAUUAGAAAAAUAUCCACUUCGCAUAAUUAAAAAGGGAGACAACUUUUAUGUGACAGACGAGUUUAUUUCACCAAGUGACAUAUUUAAAAUCUCUGUUAAUGGCAUCGUCACAUCGACAAAAGAAAACAUAAGAAGAGAUGCGACAUCAGCUGUUGACCCUUGGAAUAAAAAAUCUGAACCUGACCGUGAAAAUGCUGUGAAGCCAAUAAUAGAUGAACUGAAAAUCAAAAACGAUGAGAAAACCUCAAAAAUUCAAAUAACCUGCAAUGUUAAAGGUUUUCCUGAACCCGAUAUUCAUUUGACUGAUGCUGCGGGCAUAUUUUAUAUUGGCAAGGCAAGUUUACUGAUUUUGAAAAUAUCAAUCGAUGUAUCAUCAUACGUCAGUAUAUUUGAAACAACGGAUGAUCUAGACAAUAUUUUCAUUUGUAAAACCAAUAAUUCGAUGGGAUUUGAUGAAAAAUCGAUUGAUUUCAAAUCUUUGGCAGAAGCUCCGAAGAUCGAUGCAUCUGUAAAUGAGUAUUUCAAAGAGAUGGGGCAAAGCCUUCACAUAUUUUGCAGGGUUACAAAAGGAAAACCAAAGCCCUCAAUUAAAUGGUUCUACAAACAUCCAUCAUCGAAUGAAUUUUCGAAAUUGCCUAUUAACGGGAAAACGUUACAUAUAGACAAGUUGGGUGUAGGCGAUGCUGGUGCAUACAAAUGUGAGGCUAAUAAUACGAAAGGCUUCGACUCAGCGGAUUUUCAAGUAUUUGUAUUAUAUGCUCCAUCGAUUGUGAAUGAUUUAACUUCGAGAAAAUUAACGGCUGUUGUUGGAGAUAGAUCUUUGGAAAUACACUGUCACGCCACCGGAAAUCCGAAACCAGACAUUUUAUGGAUGAAAGAUGGAUUACCUCUUACUCUAGGUACAAAGUAUUUCGUCGAAAAUGGAACAUUAAUAAUAAGAGACAUAGAUAUUGGUGAUGCGGGUAGUCUGAUCUGCAAAGCGACAAACAAGUUUGGAAAUGCAAGUGAGACAUUUGACGUUGACGUUUUAUAUCCUCCAUACAUAGGUACGGGUUCAGAAAAAGUUUCUGUCAUAGUCGGAGAACUUGUUAGUAUAGACUGUGACGUCAGUGGCUUACCUUUACCAAGUGUGCGAUGGUUUCACGAAGGGAGGGAAAUCACUAGCGGUGGGCGAUACAACAUUUACAGAAAUUAUACGUUAAGUUUCAUUGCAACUGUUAGCGACACGGGUGUGUACAAGUGUGAAGCAUCUAAUCGCCUUGGCGACGCCAUUAAAGAGGUUCAUGUAGAUGUCAAUGUUUUUAUUCCAGCAUCAAUAAAGCCACCACUUAGACGCGUGUAUGAAUUGGGUGUCGGCAGUAGCGUUCGUUUGGACUGUGUCGCCGAAGGAACACCAAAACCAACAGUCAAAUGGUUGUAUAAGCCUUUCCUUGGUUGCUGUGAGAAAAUAAUAAGCGCAACCUUUGAUAAUAAUACAUAUGCAAUGGAUCACAUAUUAGUCAACCAAUCGGGUCAUUACAUUUGCACAGCGCAGAACAGCAAUGACGAUGUCAAAAUAUACUAUGAAGUUUAUGUUAAAGAAACACCUAAGCUUCACGAACUGACGAACGAACUGUGUAUAAAUAAACACAAUUUAUAUGACACCACACAAGACAACAGAGAUGUAAAAUAUCAUCAACCCGUUAAAGCCUCUUUUAGAAACACGCGUAUCAAAUGCAGCUUUGCAUCAAGAAGAAAUGCAAUUAUCAUGGUUGGUUAUGAAGCAAACUGUCAUUUUUGGACCGUCUAUGAAGUAUGCUUUAAUUUGGAUACAAGAGUACCGAUAUAUAUUCGAAACAUUAAACACAAAUCUUGCGCUAACUUGAUGCCAAUAGGCCUUGAAGGCGAUAGUUAUGUGGAAUUUGAUCUUGAUUCCUUGUAUGACUGUGAUAGGCAAAAGAACUAUAUUUCAAAAUCUGCUUUGACAGACUCUUAUAGAAAAGGUGGAUGUUUUGAAAAACAACAGAUGGUCAAUCCCAAAGAUAUAUGUCCCGGAAUGCAAGCAAUUGCUUUCGAAUAUAUAAACGUUGCACCUCAAUGGAGUCACUACAAAGUGAAUUGGGCGGAAAUUGAGCGUCGUGUAGUUGCAUUGGAAAGGACAAUGGAUCACGGACUUAAUGUAUGGAGUGGAGUUUCAGAACAGCUGUCCAUGCCUACUUCAUUUGGAAUUAAUACAAAUAUUACUAUAUCUGAUAGAUAUGGACGGUCUAUAACAGUGCCUAAGUAUUUCUGGAAGAUUGUUUGCGAUAUGGAAAAGAAGGCAUGCGUUGUUAUAGUACAAGUGAAUAGUCCAGAAAUCUCUUCACGAGAAGAUGCUGAGAAAUUCGUGCUAUGCAAAGAUAUUUGUGACAGUAUCGGUUGGCUGAAAAACCCUGAUUGGAAAGACUACACAAAGGGCUACACAUACUGCUGUAAUUACAAAGAAUUCUAUAAAAAAUUCAACGGUAUUUGCUAUAUUAAAGGCGUAAAGAGAGUUUUAGUUUAA